GCUUUUUGAAUCUACUGCUCUCGUUCCGUUGUGUUCCCGAAACCCUAACCCGAAGGAGCGGCGGCGCGAUGACGACGCGCUUCAGGAAGAACCGGAAGAAGCGGGGCCAUGUGAGCGCCGGCCACGGACGCAUCGGUAAGCACCGGAAGCAUCCGGGUGGCCGCGGGAACGCCGGUGGCAUGCACCACCACCGCAUCCUCUUCGACAAGUACCACCCGGGCUACUUCGGCAAGGUCGGCAUGCGCUACUUCCACCGCCUCCGCAACAAGUUCCACUGCCCUGCCGUCAACGUCGACCGCCUCUGGUCCCUCGUCCCCGACGCCGUCAAGGACGCUGCCGCCAAGGACGCCGCCCCCUUGAUUGACGUCACCCAGUUUGGGUACUUCAAGGUGCUCGGCAAGGGGAUGCUGCCCCCGGAUCGCCCCGUUGUCGUCAAGGCCAAGUUGGUGUCGAAGAUCGCCGAGAAGAAGAUCAAGGCCGCCGGUGGCGCGGUCGUGCUCACUGCUUGACUCGGAACCCAUGACAAACAAAAGAAAUAUGUUUAUGAAGCUUUACACUGGAAGAGUUUGGAGCCCUCAGAUUGUCUUCUCCGAAGCAACUUGAAAGGGAUUGAAUCUAUUCAGAGGAUAUGCUGAAACAUAUGGAAGAAAUGGUAGAGAAUGUGGCUAGAAGGUGAAUUCGGUCGGACACAUGCAUGCAUGGCAAACUGUUAAUGAUAACUUUUGAGGAUCAAAAUGUUGCUAUCGAUAUCUUGGUUUCCUCAAACUGUCGACUCAGGCAGGGAAUCCUGUUUGGCACCAAAGGAUUGUUUUGGACAUUUUGUUCACCAUUAGACAGGUUGAGAUGGUUGACUGGA